CAACGCAGCCUAACCGCUCUGGUCACCCACCCAGUGCCCGCAACACAACACCCCCAAGACAUCCACUCGCCUGCCUAAGGAACGCUCAAACGCGAUCAGCGACUCCCCAGCAGGUCCAAACAAUCAACAACCGACAUGGCUACCGCAGUCCAGCCUGCCAUGACCAUGGCCCCCUUCAACCAGCAUCCUAAUCAAUGCGUCGACCCCAAUGAGUUCUUCGACUUUGGCCAGAUGCCCUCGCCCACCCAGCCUGCCACGCUGAAGAGGGAGUCCAGUGCGACUUCGACCAUGGCUAGUCCCACCAGCACAAAUAUCGACGACGACCUCCAGACACCCGCAAAGCCUAGCCACGAGUACGAGCGCUUCAAGCAGCAGACUGGCCUUCCCACCGGUUCCAUCUCCGGCCUGAAUGCCGGUUACAACACCGGCUUCCCCAUGUUCUCGUCCACCGGCUUGGACGAGAUGGCCAUGAUGGGCGGCGACUCCAUGAUGGACGGCGCCUGGAACACGGGCCUGCCCAUGGACGUCGGUAUGAACAUGGGCGUCGACUACCGCCAGAACAGUUUCGCCUUCAACGAUGCUUCCGACGACUACGUCGACCCAAGCGCCAUUACACAAGAGGAGGUCGCCAACGUCCGGGUAUGGCCCGGUAUGCAUCAACAGCAAGCUGCUAUGGCCAAGGCGCAGGCGCAGGCCCAGCAGCAGCGAGCACAGCAGUUGGCCCACCAGAAGCAACAGCAGGCCAUGCAGCAACAACAGCAACAGCAACAGAACCGCAUGCCCUCCACCAGCUCCGCCAGUCGCAAGACAUCGAGCCCGCUCAGCGACGCCCACACCGAAGAGAUGAUCACCCGCGUCGUCGCUCAGAUCCGGGCCGACAGCCAGAACGCGUCUGCCUCCAUGCAGAACGACAACCAAGGCCUCCUCCCCCACAUCAUUCGCGCAAAGAAAGACGAAGAGGAUAUGGACGAGGACGAGAGGCUACUUGCGUCCGAGGAGGGCAAGAAGCUGAGCUCCAAGGAGCGCCGCCAGCUCCGUAACAAGGUCUCCGCUCGCGCUUUCCGCUCAAGAAGGAAGGAAUACAUUGGCCAGCUCGAAGGCGAGGUUGCCAUGAAGGUCAACGAGGCCAACGAACUCCGCGCUCAAAACCGCCUCCUCAUGGAGGAGAACGCCCGUUCCCGCGCUUUCAUCGAGCGCCUGCUCCGCCACCAAGCUUUUACUCCCUUCCUCGAGGAGCUCUCCCGCGACGAGUCGCUCCAGGCCAAGGCGCCCAUGACCUCAAUGCCGUCAACUUCAACACCUGUCGCCACUGCUCCUGCCCCGGCUCAGUUCCAGCAGCAACAACAACAGUUCAACGGCAUGUCGCAAGCUGAGAACACCCACGUCGGUAUGACCAUGGUCCCCGAGCCCCAACUCGACUUCGCCAUGCUCAACCUGAACAACAACGGUAACAACGGCAACAACUGGGGUGUCAACAACGGCUUCAGCUUCCAGCAACCAGUCGCUUUCGCCGUCACUGAGCUACCCGAGGGCCCCAGCAACCCCCUUGAUAUUAAAGCUAUGUCUGGCAAGGGAUACAGCGCUAUCCUGAAUGCCGAGGACGACUCACCUGUUGAGGAGGCCAAGGCUGACUACCCCGUCAUUGAGCGCCCCGUUCAGUCCGAGCCCGCCGCUGCUAUCGAAGAGACCGAAGAAGAAGAAGAUGCUGAAUACGACCUGUACUACUCUUCAUCUACUCCCUCCGCCACUGCGCCGAUUGAGGACCAAGAAGCGCUCUUCACCAACCCUGAGAAGGCCUUUGCACGCUACUCGCUAAUCAUCUCGGAUGAUGCCAACGAGGCACUUCUAGCAGAGCGUCUGGAGAGGAAGAUCGCCGCCAUGAGCCCAGUCAUGCAAAGAAUAGCCGAUAUCACAUCGAUGCUCGACUCAUAGCUAAAUCUAAAGGCUUAACAUGUCGUUCUUUUCUGAUUCUCUUUGCGCGCCUAUACUGCAGCAACUUUAUUUGAUAGACUGGUCCUACAUGAUUGUAACGAUUCCCUUUGUUUGAUCAUAUGCAGCCACAAACAGCGAGUAGGCUUCUCUCUUUCCAUUCCCUUUGUUAUCUCGGUACUGUGCAAUGGUAUCAAGCGUACUUCACUUCCGUUCUGGACGGCGUUUAACGGCAAUGGGUUUUCUUGUAGAUAUAUUUGACCCCGAGGUCGAUGGGGGUGAAGGGAGAGAAAGUGGAACCGACAUCAUGUAGAGUGCAUGUGGGAUUGAAUACACUGUCGAAGUUAAUUGUCUGUUCCGCGUGAUCGAUUGUAGU